AUGAAAGGAACCUCAUUGUUUGGUCUAUCUGCUCCUGCUGACGUCAAGAUCCAGUUGGACGACGCUGAACAACGUCGCACCUUUGAUAUCGCAAUCAAUCGAUCUCAACCACGCGAAAGACUUCCACUUUAUUUUGACAGAGAACCCGUACGAGGAAAGGUGUUGGUCAGGGUGGGACACGGUAAACGUUUGGAACACAAUGGGAUUCGCGUCGAAUGCGUUGGUGCCAUUGUUGUCCUUAAUGACUCGUCUCAAAGCAAAGAGUUUCAGUGUCUAUCACAAGAAUUGGCAGCGCCUGGAGAGAUACGGCAGAAUACAACAAUGGACUUUGAAUUUCGAAACGUGGAAAAGCAGUAUGAAUGCUACUAUGGUAUCAACGUACAGCUUAGAUACUUUAUACGCGUCAUCGUGGCGAGGAGGAUGGGGAACAUGAUCCGUGAAUCCGAUUUACUCGUUCGAUCUUAUCAUGAACCCAAGGAUGAUCCACAUUCAAUCAAAAUGGAAGUCGGCAUCGAAGAUUGCUUACACAUUGAAUUCGAAUACAACAAAUCAACAUACCACCUGAAAGAUGUCAUUGUCGGCAAGAUCUUCUUCUUAUUGGUGCGUAUCAAGAUCAAGCACAUGGAAUUAUGCAUUGUACGCCGUGAGACGACUGGCUUUGCCCCAAAUACCUACAACGAGAGUGAGACAGUGAGCAAAUUCGAAAUCAUGGAUGGAGCACCCGUACGCGGUGAGAUCAUUCCCAUCAGGUUGUUCUUGGGUGGAUAUGACCUUACCCCCACAUUCAGAGACAUUAACAAGAGGUUCUCGGUGAGGUAUUACUUGAAUUUGGUGCUUUAUGACGAGGAGAAUCGACGAUAUUACAAGCAGCAAGAGAUUACACUAUAUCGAAGGCGAGAGGAUGAUGGCUUGCCACCAGAUGCAAACACGGGCACGGAAGAAGAUUAG